CAUAGGCACAGUAAAAUGCAACCAGGUAAAACAUGGAAACAAGCUAGCUGAACUAUUGUUGCUUUACAGCCAUAGAGAAUUACUUUUUAAGUAUUAUACAGCAGCAUUUUUGCCUUACAUUAGUCAAGGGUUUCCCCUUGAGGCAGUCUUGGCGAAGCUACAGUAUAAUAUCGAAUAUAUAUCCAGCAUUAGUCAAAGGUUUCCCUUUGAGGCAGCCUCGAUAAUACUCGACAUGGAUAAAGCCAUGCUUCCACAGUUUCGAACGGACCCCACCCUGCUUAAAUACUUACCAGAAUCGGAAGCAAGUCGACAAUUCGAAGUAGCCAUUUAG